GCGCCUGCGCAGUGGAGGCGGCUAAGGGAAGUAGUAGUAGUGGCGGCAGUGACGGCGGCGGCGGCACGAUGGAGCCCGAGGAGCAGAUGAACGAACUAGUGUCAGCCGAAGGCCGGAACAGGAAAGCCGUGCUGUGUCAGCGCUGUGGAUCCCGGGUGCUGCAGCCCGGGGCCGCUCUCUUCUCCCGCAGACAGCUGUUCCUUCCUUCCAUGAGAAAGAAACCAGCUCUGGCUGAUGGCAGCAACCCAGAAGGUGAUUUCCUUCAAGAACACUGGCUGGUCGAUGACAUGUUCACCUUUGAGAAUGUGGGCUUCACCAAAGACGUGGGGAACAUCAAAUUUUUGGUCUGCGCAGAUUGUGAAAUUGGACCCAUCGGCUGGCACUGCCUGGAUGACAAAAAUAGUUUCUAUGUGGCUUUGGAGAGGGUUUCCCAUGAGUGACUAAGGGAUCUUCAGCAGCAGCUUCCCAUGGUGGAAGCUUCUCCCCAAAACAGCAGUCAUUCUAACCUGAUAUAACUGUUCUGCUGCUUUCUUCUCUAUACUAAUGUAAAGUUGUGAGUACAACAGUGUCUACUUGGACAUACAGAGGGUUUACCCUAACUUGUUUCCUUGACACUUCAGGUGCACAUGUCUCAGAUAUUUCUCCCUGUAGUGCCCCACUCCUUCCACUUCCCCAUUCUGGUUUGAAUGAUGUUGGGAAGCCAGGUACCUCCCAGAAUUUAUCCACUGGCCUGGCCGUGUGUCUGUGUCUCUUAUUCAGGUGCUACAUUUUGUUUCCUGCUCUAGGUGACAGUCAGAUUUUUACUCUUCUGAUUUGUUUGACCCCUUUUAGCUUUUGAAAUUCUCAUGUGGUUUCUCAUCAAUGGUCUAGCCUCACCCUUAUAAUAUAUGAGUAGGGAGUUAAAGUUUUAGCACGUCUGCCAACCACCACAAAGAAAAGUAAUUCACCAGAUGUGUCUGAGAUUCUCCUUUGACUAUCAGGGUGGAGAGCACAUAAAGAAGGAACCACUGCUAACUUGCAUGUGAACUUUACAACCUCAGCUGACCAGAUGACUGAGUCCCUUCUUCAUGGGAAGAACUGUGUCUAAAGAAAGCGUCAUCAGUACAGAGUUAUUGAACCUAGUGGACAUGGUGCAGGGCAAGAAUUCUUGGUGAGAUGGGAAUUUUUCUUAUCUUUAACACUCACCGUCCUAACAAAUUCCAGAAUGCAAACUUUCCAUCCAAUUACCUGUAUUCCUGUUCAAUUCAAGGAAAACUCUUGGCCCUUCUGGUUUGGUGCUGAUCCAAGAGGGCAUUAAGUGUGAAUGAGUAGGUAUACUUGUUUUGUUCUCUUCUGUGCUUUCCAUGUACUCAUUCAUCUCCAUUGAACUUGUCCGUGGUACCUUCUCUCCUCUGAUGCAUAAAGUAAGGUUUAAAGCAGCCUCCUGGGACUACUUUGGGGGCCGGGGGGUUGAGGUAGAGAGGAAGUACAGAUUACUCAGUUCAAGCACCAUCUUCAGUGAUUGCCUCACACCUCUUGGUUUGGUGCUCUGUUCCAUUCUCUUACUUCUUUCUUUCCCUCUCCCCUGACCCCUUUAACAUAUCUAUAGAGUGGGUUCCCCCAUUGAGGUGAAAGUAUUGUGCAUAAAUCUUUAACCAGCUUGCCCCCCACAAAGAUAGGGGCUUUAUGGACUCCUAAAGUGCUACUAUUGGUAGAAUUGGGCCAUACCUAAGUUUUCUGAACAUCUAAGAAGUGUGGCUAUAUAGUUGCUAGGAACACAACUGAGGGUUUUGUUUUGUUUUUUAUUGAUACAAAGACACUUGGGCCAAAGAAGCCAAACCAAGUAGGUGUGUCUGGUGGUAUGUUGGCCCCUCAUACUACCAGUCAAACCUGGACAAGCAGUUUUUGCCUCAGAAGCCAAAAAUACAAGACAUUUACUACUACAUCUUUUCAGAUUUACUGACAAUAAAAAAAAAAUCUGCACAAUG